AUCACCAUCAUCUCCAUUUCAAAUACCGAUGUCAGAAAGCGAGCAAUGGAGGCUGUCGACGGGUCCGGAAGAAGAGUGACUGUUGGUGACGUCGCCGGUAGAGCUGGGCUUCAGCUCACUGAGGCUGAGAAAGCCUUGCAAGCUCUCGCUUCCGACGCUCACGGCUUCUUGGAGGUUUCCGACGAAGGCGAUGUGCUCUAUGUUUUCCCCAAGGAUUUGGUUGAGCAAGAAUUGGAUAGGACGUUUCAAAGAGACAAGUCAGAUAGAGAAAAGGCUACUACUGUAGUUAAGAUCACACAUCUCUUGUAUAAGGCACUAUGUUAAUUUUCAUCCUAAAAUUGUCUA